UUAUUUUAGCGAGACAAGAUAAUUUCAUUGCAAUUACAGUGACAGUAAAAUUACAAAUUUAACCUAGCGUACCGUACACCACCUAUAGAAGUGUCGCACCAUAGCAUCAACACAUCCGAUAAAUAAACCGAAAAAAAAUUGAUUUGAAAAAAAUCGAAAAAAAAAUCAAUAAAAUGGAAGUGAUUAACCAGAGCGGGGAGGAUCCUCCGAUGGCGGAAGAGGGCAGUGAAAUUGCCAUUGACGGCACAUUGUAUGGCGUGGAAGAUGAAUCAGCGAAUGAAGAGGAAGUGGAUGAAGAGGAAGAGGAAGAGGAAGAGGAAGAUAUGGAGGAUGAGAAUCGCUUGUUCGAAAACGGAUUAGAUGCUUUGGAAUUAAUAGGUGACAAUAAUUCCGGUGUUCCAUGCUGCCAGAGAAUCAUAGAGUACAACAACGAGCAUCAAGCUCUUGCUAAUAAAAAGCGGAAAUCACUCAAACCAUGCCAAAGUGAAGGGACUUCUUCUAAGAAGGCAAGGCAAGAUGAUGUUUCUGGGGUAAGCUCAGCUGAGAUGAUGGAAUUAAUGAACUUUGAGAUGGGUGGGAGAUCAAAAAAGAAGGGGCCUAAAAAAAAGGGUAGGCGAAAAGGAUCAAAGAAGAAACUUGACGAAAACCUGUCACGAAUGUUGGGUGACGCCAACCUUCACUACGCGAAUCGUCGUUAUGACAUGGCUAUAGCUGUGUUAAGUGAAGUAGUCAGACUGGAACCAAAUUUACCUGACCCAUAUCACAUCCUUGGACUUGUCCAUAGUGCAAUUGGGGAUUAUGAAAAAGAAAUGGGUUUCUACAUGAUUGCUGCUCUUUUGUCUCCAAAGGAUCCAUCGCUUUGGAAAAUUCUCUUUGCGUGGUGCAUAGAACAAGAUAAUAUUCCUCAUGCCAAUUAUUGUCUUAUAAGAGCAAUUAAAGCAGACCCCGAAGAUAGUUCUCUUAGAAGUCAUCAAGCAAUGUUUUAUGCUGAACUUCAAGAUUAUCAAAAAGCUGCUGUGGCAUAUGAACAAGUAUAUCAACUUUGUUCUGAAAAUGUUGAUGCACUAAAAGCAGCAGCUAAGUUCUACCAAAAGUGCGGUCAAGUUGAACGCUCAGUUUUCAUUCUCGAAGACUAUCUGAAGAGUCAACCAGAUGGAGUACAUGCAAGUGUAGUUGAUCUACUCAGUAACAUAUUAAUGGAAAUUAAGGCGCAUGACAGAGCUCUUCAGUACAUUGAACGAUUUCAAAUUGGGGGAAAAGAAUUGCCCUUAAAUUUGAAAGUUAAAGCUGGAAUCUGCCAUGUUCAUCUUGGAAACAUGGAGAUUGCUCAGGUGCGUUGCAUGCAUAGUUAUAAUUGAUUGACCUUUGAUUUGCUUGAUCAUUGACAUGUAAAUAUUAGCUGCUUGAACCUCAUAAUAUACAUCUCAUUUGACAUUUAUCUCUACUCAAAUUGUUUGUCAUUUUACAAUACCAAUACAUCAUUAAUUACUUU